ACCUUAUCUCCUCCUCAAAAUCCAAUCGAACCCCGCAAACAAAAAUCUCCAUUCUCCUCCCACUUUCCCGCCAUCACCACCCCCAAUGGCAGCGGCGCUGCUGAGCCCGCAGCUGCAGAGAUCACUCCCCAACCUAGGAGGAGGAAUCACCAGCGUGAGAACUCGAAGGACGAGGCCGAGGCAGUGCUCGGCGAUCGCCGUCGACGUACCUUCGUCUCUCGCCGGCGGCGUGUCUGGAGUGCGGUGGGGAUCGAGCAGCGUGCAGGGACGGAGGUCGGAGAUGGAGGAUGACGUGGUUCUUCGAUCGGAUGGGCUUGAUGGGUUCGCUUUUGCCGCGGUUUUUGAUGGGCACGCUGGGUUCUCUUCUGUUGAGUUCCUCAGGGAUGAAUUAUAUAAUGAAUGUGUGGAGGUAUUGCAAGGUGGGUUGCUGUUGACAAGUAAAAAUUUUGAUGCUAUAAAGGCUGGAAUUGCAAAAGCUUUUGAAACUGUUGACAAAAAACUUUUAACUUGGCUAGAACAGAUCGGGAAGGAUGUUGAUUCUGGUGCAACAGCUACAGUCAUGUUUUUGGGAAAAGGUGUCCUGAUUAUUUCACAUGUUGGUGAUUCGUGCGUGGUUAUAUCCAGAACUGGAAAAGCAGAAAUCCUGACAGGUCCACACAGACCUUAUGGAAAUAAUAGAGUUUCCCUUGAAGAAGUAAAGCGGAUUAGAGCAGCUGGUGGAUGGAUUGUUGAUGGGCGAAUUUGUGGUGACAUUUCUGUAUCCCGUGCUUUUGGAGAUAUUCGAUUCAAGACAAAGAAGAAUGAGAUGUUGAAGAAAGGCGUUGAGGAGGGGAGAUGGACAGAAAAGUUUAUCUCAAGAAUACGGUUCAAAGAUGAUUUGGUGACCUCAUCUCCAGAUAUAUAUCAACUUGAUCUGGGAUCUGAUGUGGAGUUCAUAUUACUUGCAUCAGAUGGUUUAUGGGAUUACAUGAAGAGCUCCGAUGCAGUAACUUUCGUUAGGAAUCAACUCAGACAACACGGUGAUGUUCAGCUGGCUUGUGAAGCUCUUGCUCAGGCUACUUUGGAUCGGCAGUCACAAGACAAUAUAAGCAUUGUGAUAGCUGACUUAGGGAGGACAGAUUGGCAGAGCGUGCCUCCUCAAGGGCCCAACUUCUUCUAUGAGAUGAGCCAAGCAUUUGCUACGGUGGGUAUCGUUUCGUUAGGAAUCUGGAUAUCAUCGUUCCUUUUGGUAUGAUCAUAAUUUCUCUAAGUUGUACAGAAGACUAGGCAAACAUGUCGUAUUAAUAGUUUUCCUGUAAAUUUGUAUAUCCUGACAGCAAUAUGGUAAUAUUUACACGUAAAGAUAUCAUCGUUACGCUGUCUUGUUCAUCAACAUUUGGUUAUAAGAUGAUUUGCAAAGAUGGCAA